AUGCAGUCGCACAGGUACAAGGAUGAGAUCUUCUUCUACCAUGAGGGCGGUGUGGAUGUUGGUGACGUGGAUGCCAAGGCCUCGCGGCUUUCCAUCCCCACAGGCUGCGAGGUGUCGGAGGACAUGAUUCGCAGCGAGCUCCUUGACAAGGUGGAGCCUGCGAAGAGUGCCACGCUUGCGCGUUUCAUCAAGGCCCUGUUUGCUUUCUACCGGGACCUUCACUUCGCAUACCUGGAGAUCAACCCAAUCGCGUUGCUCGCGAACAACAAGAUCGUACCUUUAGACCUCGUCGCGAAGAUCGAUGAGACGGCCGCCUUCCUGUGUGCGCAGAAGUGGGGUGAGCUCGAUUGGCCAUCUCCGUUUGGUCGAGCUGCAUACGCUGAAGAGGCCCUGAUCCGAGACCUGGAUGGGAAGACUGGUGCCUCCCUGAAGCUUACGAUCCUCAACGACAAGGGCCGCGUUUGGACCAUGGUAGCCGGCGGGGGAGCUUCAGUUGUCUACUCUGACACUGUGGCAGACUAUGGAUGGGGAAAGGAGCUGGCAAACUACGGAGAAUACUCCGGCGCUCCUUCCACGGAGGAGACCUUCACCUAUGCAAAGACAAUCCUUUCCCUGAUGUGCCGCUACAAGCACCCAGAGGGGAAGUUCCUGAUCAUCGGGGGAGGCAUCGCAAACUUCACCGAUGUGGCAGCCACCUUUACCGGCCUCAUCAAGGCCCUGCAGAUGUUUGCAGAUCAGAUCAAGGAACACAAGAUCCACAUCUGGUGCCGACGGGCUGGGCCGAACUACUUGGAGGGGCUGAAGAAGCUGAAGGUGGCCAGUGACAAGCUGGGUCUCGGAGUCAAGGUCUAUGGCCCUGAAACGCACAUCACAGCGGUGGUGCCCAUGGCGCUUGGCCUCACGUCGGUACUACCCGAGCCCGACCUGACUGCCGGCUCGGCUCCCCCUCCGAAGCGGGAGCUGAUAAAGGUGAAGAAUACCAAUGGAGCAAAGAAGACGCAAAAGGCACCGCCUAAAGGUGAGAGACACACGAUCGUGACUGCAACUCCAGAGACCAGGGCGAUCGUGUACGGCAUGCAAAACCGGGCGGUGCAGGGCAUGCUGGACUUCGACUUCAUGUGCAAGCGAAAGACCCCGUCUGUGUGUGCCAUGGUAUUCCCGUUCAGUGGCAACCAUUACGUCAAGUUUUACUGGGGCACGGAGGAGAUCCUGCUACCCGUCUACACCACAACGAAAGAGGCGUGCCAGAAGCACACGGAUGCAAUUACGUUCAUCAACUUCGCUUCUUUCCGGUCUGUCUACGAGACCACCAUGGAAGCCAUGCAGUACCCGCAGAUGAAAACCGUGGCCAUCAUCGCUGAGGGCGUCCCGGAGCAGCAGACGCGAUUGCUGAUCAAGGAAGCCGAGAUGCGCGAGAUCGGCAUGAUCGGCCCAGCCACGGUGGGUGGGAUCAAGCCGGGCUGUAUUCGCAUUGGCAACACAGGUGGAAUGUUGGACAACAUCGUCAUGUCCCGGCUCUACCGCCCGGGGUCGGUUGCCUACGUCUCCAAGUCAGGAGGAAUGUCAAACGAGCUGAACAACAUCAUCUGCCGGAACUCCAACGGCGUCUACGAGGGCGUGGCGAUUGGCGGGGAUCGGUAUCCUGGCAGUCGGUUUAUCGAUCACCUCCUACGCUACCAGGAUGCGCCUGGGGCAAAGAUCCUCCUGCUCCUGGGCGAGGUGGGUGGUCAGGAUGAGUAUGAUGUCAUCAAGGCCGUGAAAUCUGGGCGCAUCGACAAGCCAGUCAUCGCCUGGUGCGUCGGAACCUGUGCUUCCUGCUUCGCGACCGAGGUGCAGUUCGGUCACGCUGGUGCCCAGGCGCGUGGCGACACAGAAACCGCUAUGGCCAAGAACGCAGCCAUGAAGGAAGCAGGCAUCAUCGUGCCGGAUUCCUUCGACAAGCUGCCGGAGACCAUCAGCAACUUGUAUACGAAAAUGGUCGAGGAGGGUGAGAUCGUUGAGGAGCCGGAGGGCGAGACGCCCCAGGUUCCAGUGGACUACACCUGGGCCAAGAAGCUGGGCAUGGUACGGAAGCCAGCAAACUUCAUUAGCUCCAUCUCUGACGAUCGCGGGGAGGAGCUGAAGUAUUGCGGCGUGAGCAUCUCAGAGGUCUUCUCGCGAAGCAUGGGCCAGGGAGAUGAUUUUGAUGGUGCCGCGCCCAGCCAUUUGAACUGGGUGUACACCGGCCUCGUGGAGGAGGGCGAAAUUGUCGAGGAGCCAGAGGGAGAGACACCACAGGUGCCCAUGGACUAUACCUGGGCCAAGAAGCUGGGUAUGGUCAGGAAGCCUGCCAACUUCAUCUCUUCCAUCUCAGAUGACCGUGGUGAGGAGCUCACCUACUGCGGCGUCUCCAUCUCCGAUGUCUUCUCCCAGGACAUUGGCAUCGGUGGAGUGCUGUCCUUGCUUUGGUUCCGUCGCCAGCUUCCCGCCUACUGCACAAAGUUUGUGGAGAUGAUUUUGAUGGUCACCGCUGACCACGGUCCGGCGGUCAGCGGCGCCCACAACACCAUCGUCACCGCGCGCGCAGGCAAAGACCUGGUGUCUUCCCUUUGCAGCGGCCUUUUGACCAUCGGCCCCCGCUUCGGUGGCGCCCUGGACGACGCGGCCAAGAUGUUUGCAGAUGCGCAGGGAAGCGGUGUGGCUCCCAAGGAUUGGAUUGAGAAGAUGAAGAAGAGCAACCAGCUCAUUAUGGGCAUUGGCCACCGAAUCAAGUCGCUGGCCAACCCCGAUCAGCGAGUCGAGAUCAUCAAGGGCUUCGCCAAGAAGAACUUUAAGGCAACGCCCGUGCUCGACUACGCUUUGGCAGUCGAGCAGAUCACCACACGAAAGAGGGCAAACCUCAUCCUCAACGUCGAUGGUUGCAUCGCCGUGUCUUUCGUGGACAUGAUCCGCUCCUGCGGUGCGUUCUCAAAGGAAGAGUGCGACGAUCUGAUGGCCUUCGGCACCCUGAACGGCCUCUUUGUGCUAGGCCGAUCAAUUGGCUUCAUCGGCCAUUACCUGGACCAGCUGCGGCUGAAGCAGCCGCUUUAUCGCCAUCCUUGGGAUGACAUCACCUACAUCCAGGAGUUGGCUGGCCAGGGGCCUGAGUGA